UUUAUCUACUAUGAGCAGGCAUAAAAUGGUGGCACUAAGCUCGCGCCACCUCACCCCUCUCGCCCUUCAUUUGUCAUUCCCUUCCAGACUAUUUCUCGCCUCCUCACACUCCCUUCCGCGCAGAAAAAUUCGCUCAUCGUCUUCGAUCAUGUCUUCCGCUGCUAAAAAGGUUUUGGUUCCGGUCGCCAACGGCACGGAGCCACUGGAGGCGACAGUUACGAUUGAUGUGCUACGCAGAGCCGGCGCCGAUGUUACGGUAGCGUCCGUCGAGAAGCAGCUCCGCGUUGACGCCGCUCACGGCAUUAAAAUCCUCGCUGAUUCGCUUAUUUCCGACUGCGAACGUUCCGAUUUUGAUCUUAUCUCUCUUCCGGGAGGAAUGCCUGGUUCAACCACACUUAGGGAUUGCAAAACGUUGGAGAGCAUUGUGAGAAAGCAAGCUGCUGAAGGCCAGCCGUAUGCUGCAAUCUGUGCAGCUCCUGCUGUAGCACUCGGGUCAUGGGGACUGCUGAAGGGGUUGAAGGCAACUUGCUACCCAUCUUUCAUGGAGCAGUUAUCAUCCACUGCAUCUGUUGUUGAAUCUAGGGUGCAGAAGGAUGGCAAAGUAGUGACAAGCCGUGGACCUGGUACAACAAUGGAGUAUGCUGUUUCGCUGAUUGAGAUAUUGUAUGGAAAAGAAAAGGCCGAUGAAGUUUCUGGUCCCUUGGUCUUGCGAUCAAAUCACGGGGAUGCAUAUACUUUUGCGGAGCUAAACCCUAUCCAAUGGACGUGUGGUGAUAUUCCCAAGAUUCUUGUGCCUAUUGCUAAUGGGAGCGAGGAGAUGGAAGCUGUUAUCAUCAUUGAUGUACUCCGACGAGCAAAAGCUGAAGUGGUAGUGGCGUCUGUUGGGGAGAAACUCGAAAUUGUGGCUUCUAGGAAUGUUAAACUAGUAGCUGAUGUUCUCCUAGAUGAUGUCAUCAACAAUUCGUUUGACCUCAUUGUCUUACCGGGUGGACUUGGUGGAGCUCAAGCGUUCACAGAGUCAGAGAAGCUGGUAAAUCUGCUGAAGAAACAAAGAGAGUCAAAUAAACUAUACGGAGCAAUAUGUGCAUCUCCAGCUUUGGUCCUCGAGCCCCAUGGUUUGCUCAAGGGUAAGAAGGCCACUGCUUUUCCAGCCUUGUGCAACAAAUUGUCAGACCCAAGUGAAGUAGAAAACCGAGUGGUGGUGGAUGGUAAUCUCGUCACGAGUCGAGGACCGGGAACCACCAUGGAGUUUGCAUUGGUGAUAGUUGAGAAGUUUUUUGGACGGGAGAAAGCUCUGGAGCUUGGAAAGGCCAUGAUUUUCGUGCAUUAAUAGAGAUAUGAGGUAAAAAAUGAAGUUUAACUAGCCUCGUUGUUUACUGGAGUGCUUUGCAUAAAUGAUGUUGUAAACACUGCUGCUGGUCGGUUGUCUUGAUUAUUAAUAAAUCUUUAAUGAGGUUUGGAAGCA